UCCCGGCUGCUGAGAUGAACUUUAGUCUUUCGCCGGAGCUCGAAUCGAUUGGACUAACUUUUCUGACUUUCUUCCCGGAUUUGGCACGUGACUUUGGAAAAUCCGUCGGGAAAGGUGGAAAGUGCAAAUGAUGACUAGUUUUCCAAGUGACCCUCAUCAUCAUUGGGAGAGCACAAACGGUCAUAUGGAGCCCCCGUUUCCGCCGGAAGUGUCACCGUUCACACCCAUUUGGAGCCAGGAUAAUCCGUCGCCGAUGGUGCACUAUCCGGAGCUGAUGGCCGCCGGAUUUCCCUGUGCAGAUUUGGCCAUUUGGCCCCGCCAGCAAGUGGGCAGUUUCGUGGCACAGCGCCUGUCACCGCGUGGUGCCCAACCGGCGUCCACCUCGAGCUCGAAGAAAACCCGCCGCCGGGUGGCAUCGAUGGCCCAACGGAGGGCCGCCAAUAUUCGCGAACGACGCCGAAUGUUUAACCUCAACGAGGCGUUCGACAAACUCCGACGGAAGGUUCCAACAUUUGCCUACGAAAAGCGACUUUCUCGAAUUGAGACGCUGCGGUUGGCGAUCACCUACAUUGGGUUCAUGUCGGAACUGUUGAACGGAACGCCAACCCACGACGGACGAUCGCCGGAGUUGUACCCGAACCUGGUCCAUCCACAUCACCCAAACCACAUCCAUCCGUCGUUCCAUCAGCGGGAGUACAUUUCGCCGUAUGCACCACACACUGGUUGAUAAGUGACUAAACUAGGAUUAAUUUAUUAUAUUUAUAUUAUUACUCAUUAUGUUGAUAAUUUUGCUUCUUCUUUUGUUCAAAUAAACCUAAUUAUUGAAUCUUGUUAAA